GUCUUAUCUGUCUGUUCGAAGACAUACUAUCGGCCUGUGGAGUUUUUUGGUGCUCUGAGUCGCCUCAUGUGGGCAAUUCUGAUGAUGGAUAUAGAUAUAGUCAUUGUGCAGAAGAUGCCCUUUAGGCAUUCCAAAUUGCUUUUUGAAAAGCAUGUAUUCAGUGACUGCACACCUAACUUAAGAGCACCCAACAUCAUAUUAGCCUUCAAUGCUGAGCAAUGCUUAUUAGCUCAUGGUAUUGACCUGGCUGAAGGGCUUGUGGUGCGAGUGCUAACUCAGCUGGCAGAAGCUCAGGGCUUGUGCGCCCUGCUCGCUGAGCUUAAUUCUUUGGUAUUGUAUCACAUGUAGGUAAUAGUAUUACAGACAUAUUUCCGUCGCUGGCAUGCUAUGAAAGUAGUACAAAAUCUGAUGGAAGAAAAGAGGUUAAGGCUGGCAUGGGAGGCACAAGAAGAGUUACAGAAAAAAAAAGAGAAAGAAGAGAAACUGAGAAGGGAGCAUGAAAGAAGACUUAAUCCUAAAACAAAAGAAGACUUUGAGCUACUGUACCAUGCUUUAGAAUUAUGGAGGCAGGAGGAGACUGAAUGGAUUAACAGAACUCUUACUGGAGCUGAAAGAAAGGCAGCACUUUGUGGACUUCUGGAACAAGAGGCACAGCUGAUUGCUUCCAUUGGGAGACACAAACUAAAUGCAGAUGAGGAGAAUCAACAAAAAGCAAUACUGCACUUUAUGGAUAAGUGUGCACAACCUAAGAGAUGGAAAGCAUAUGAUGGAAAAAUCACUGAAGUGGAUACACAGUACACACUCCGUGCCAGAGAACUAUUUGAAAUCUACCGCAGCAUUAGCAUGAGUGGCAUCCCAAAAGAUGAGAGAUUAGAUGUGCUGUUAACACUCAGACGUACAGUGAAGGAACAUGAAUGUAAAUUAACACAGGAAAUAGUGGAAUUAAUUGACAGGGAAGUUGACCUUAUGUCAAGAGAGGUGAAAGAAUGCAACUUAGAAGGACUGAGGAAAAGAAUUUGUACAUUAUUUCUUCAGUAUAUUAAAACUCCAAAGUUUAACCCUGAAGUUGCUAAGAUACUUAAGGUUCCACCAGAUCCCUUAAAUCUUUAUAAAAAUGUUAACUUCUGUCACAGUUGCGAAAAUUACUUACCAUCUAACGAGUUUCCUGUUCCUGCUAAUUCCCGCACCAUUGGCAGAUGUCACUUGUGUUACAAGCUUGAUAAUGAGGCUCAGCAACGAGAAGCAUAUUUGAAGUACAAACUUAUACUAGAAAAUCUCAGAAAGGCUGAAGCUGAUUAUCAGGAUAAUGCUAAAAUUGUUUUCUUAGUUCAGCAUCAAGAUCUGCAUUACAUGAUUGAGAACAUAUGGGGCUGCCAGUCAGCUCUCAGUGCCUGCAGUGACCUCUAUGAUUUGGUUAUGGUCAGAUGGGAUAAGCAGCAUGAGUGGUCUCCGUGGAACACUAUUUUCCUCACUAAAGAGGAGGCAGAUGCACAUCUUAAGCUGUGUAACCUUCAGGAGGCUUAUCAAGCGACAUUUAUCCACAGAAUAAAACAUAAGCAUAUCCGGGCAAAAAACUACUUUGCUCAGAUUCCAGCAAUGGCAUCGUUUUUGGAUAGGAGUGACAAUCAGGCUAAUGCAAAUAAAUUUGUAAUAGCUACGCCUGUUUCUACUGGUACAAAACCAUAA